AUGUUCGGGAUUCUGUUUAAAACUUCCAACAGAAAUUUAAUCAAUUUGUAUGGAAUAUCGCAAAAAUUAAUAUUUAAUUAUUCCAACUUAAACAAAUUUGCAUUUAGCCACAAUUUUUUAAAAUACUCAACCAUUAAUAAUGGAAUUGAUUUUAAAAGCCAUGUUUAUACCAACUUUAUCCCGAAGAAUGUAAAUAAUAAAGAAUAUAAAUAUUUAUUUUUACAAAAAAAAUAUUUUGCGGGUCGACAGCGUGGUUUAAAGAGGCGGAAGUCUAAGAAGGAGCCUAGGCGAAUCCAAGUUGCAUUGGGGCGUCGUUUGGAGCUUUUUUGGCCUAAAAAAAGAAGAAAAGUCCGGAUUCGGCUGGUACAAAAUUCAAGGGGUAAUUUGAUUUACGAUCCGGUUUUGAAAAAAUUUUUGGUUUUUUACUAUAAGCAGGGCACUCAGGUAUUCAGGGGCUUUAGGGCCAGGGGAGCAAAGUAUGAGCUUGGGAGAUCUAAGGCUCUAAGCUUUGCGAGACAAAUGGCUGAUUAUUACGUUAGGAGGUACACUAAUAUCAAGGAUAAAUUUAAACUUGGAGACUCUGCUGAUAAUUUCAAGGAGCCGGGUGCCACGAGUAAUAUGUAUUUAAACGACGAUCACAUCAUUAAUUACAACUUAAAGCUUCAGCCUGACUGUAAUUUAAGUGGCGUUCGGGGGAUUUUUUUUGACAAUAAAACCAGUUCUUGGGUUGUCAAAUUUAACGAAUUUGGUGUUCGCAAGUAUAAAUUUUUUUCAACAAAUGAAUUUGGGUUCCAGGAUUCGUACAAAAAUGCGGUUGAUUUUCUGAGGUUUCAGUUGUACAAAAAUCACCAAUUUUUGCAUCGUCGUCAUCGUACAAGGAAAAACCGUCCAAUUUUAAAAUGA